UUCCCAGGGCUGGGAAAUACAGCGCAGAGUGUGGAAGGCCGGGGAAGAGAGGCAGACUUUUUUCUUUACGCGCUGAAAUCAGUCAAAGGAAGUAAUGGAGGCUGUUUAAUAAGACUUUUAUAAGAAGUGAAGGGAGAAAGUUUUUUGCGGAGAAUGCGGAGAGGAAGCGAAUCCAGGAAAGGAGUUGAGGACUAUGUAGGAAUUCCCGACUGAAGUCAUGGGUUCGGAGGCAAUGGAGGAUUGUGUGCAGGGGGCGCUCUCGUCUCUUUAUCCUCCUUUUGAGAGCACAGCGCCGCCCCUCCUCUCCCAGGUCUUCUCUGUCCUGGAGUCGACCUAUCAACAUGACAGUCUUCGCUACCUCCUGGACUACUUCGUUCCUGCCAAGCACCUCCUGCACAAACUCCAGCAGCAUGCCUGUUCUCAGUACCUGGGCUGCCUGUUCCUUCACUCUGGCUGGCCCCUGUGUCUGGGUGAAAAAGUGGUCGUCCAGCUCUCCACAUUAGACUGGAGGCUCCUGCGCAGUAAUGACUUCUACCUGCAGGUGGUGCCCUUCUCUACACGCUGCCCUCGACUGGCCCUAAAAUGUCUGGCCCCUGGGGGACGCACUGUCCAGGAAAUCUUGGUACCUGAGUCCCAACACCCCCUUGUGUUCACCACUGAGUGGCUACACAGUGUCAACAAAGAACGGGGCCACAAGAGGGAAGUUGGUGGGGGUCUUGACACCUGCUUGGUCAGUACAUGUGAUGGUGUGGUGCGCCUUCCAUGGAAGGAGGUUGUCUACCCGAAAUUCAUCCACGACCCCUCUGAGGAGCUGGGCCUGAUGUCCAACCACGAGGGUUCCAUAUCCAACCGCCUACCCAGUGAGGGGGGCAGCACCCUUGGGGGCUGGGGUGGCUCAUCCUCUGGAGAACUGGACUCCUGGUCCUGGGAUGAGGAGGAAGAUGAUGAUUUACCAGAUGGCUUGGACUCCGAGUCUGCUGCUCCCCGGCGAAGGCGCAGUGAAGAUGGGCUUGGGCGGACAGCAAGACACCCUCAGCUUGACGGGGACUAUGUAGAGCUGUUGGAGCCCAGAGGUGGUCCUGACGGAGGGGUUGACCCAAGGCAGAGGUACCUGGAGAUGCACGGGAUCUGUAAGACCAAGACUUUGCCUCUGUGUAGGAGAGGUAAGGCCAUUAAACUCCGGAAAGGAAAAGCUUGGGGUUAUGGGAGAAUGGAAGGAUUUGGCAGCUUUCGAGCUGCCUUUGGGGCCAAAAGAGAUGGGGUGACCCCCAAAGGUGACGUGUUAUCGCCUAGGCCUCCAACAGGGGUCACUGAACCAGGCAGAGGAAGGCGGUCUUACUCCUCUUCUGUUCAUGACUCAGAUGAAGGAGAUAAAAUAAGUAGAGACUCUGAGGGCCUGGAAAACCACCGGCUUUAUUUUGAUGGCCCGUUCAAAGAGAGGAGGCCUGGCGUGGGAAGGGAGAGAGAGACUAAUGGGCUCACACAGCCAAGCAGAGAUGACCAUAGAAGUAAAGACUCUGAGAGUGGCGAUAGUUUGGUCACAAAUGAAAUCCUUGACAUGACGAACCACAAAGUUGGGCAUGUUAUAGAGGGCCACUCAGAUCACGGAUCUCAUUCAGACUCUGUUUUUGAGGAUACAGAAAAACCACUGAGCGAAGACAGUGAUGCCACCACCCCGACAUCAGAUGCACCAGAAAGACCAUUCACUGGAGUUUCAGCAGGCGGAGAGAUCACUAACAGUGGAACUAAAAUGAAGAGUUCAUCCAAUGCAAAGGUGACAGAAGAAAGGGAUGACGGAAAAAAUGAGAACAGAGUGUGUCCCAGAGGAAAGGAAGUUAAAACCGCAGGAUUCAGAGUUCCAAGGAGGAAGAGGAAGGGAAGGGGGGCCAAAGGGAGGGCUAGGUCUGGUGGCCGUGCACACCAGAGGGUCUCGAAACUGCAGGGUAAAACUCCUCAACCAAGUCCCACCACUGGCUCUACCUCAACACAACUUCCAAUCACAGAAGAGAACCAAUCAGAGCCAAAAGAACAGGCCCACGAACCCGAUGGAGAGCGCACAUCAACUGAUGAGGGGACAGAAAACACAAAGAAAAGCAGUGCAGAGACAAAAGCUGAAUCUUUGCCUGUCUGUAAUGGUCAAUCAGGCACAUCCUUAUUUAACCACUCGAAUGAGGAGGCAGGGACAGCAGAGACGUGUCCUGACCAACUAAAUGGCGUUACACCCAAAGAGCCUCCUCUGCUUAGGGAACUGGACACCGAGCUUCUCCAGUCAGGGAAGCUAAAGUUGACAGGUACAGUGGACAGGUUGGGACGUGCUCUGAUUGUAACAGAGACAGAUGGAUCAGAAGAAGGUUUCUGUGAGGAGGAGAUGGCCCGGGUCCUGGCCAGCUAUUACAGGAUCACUCGGCCUGCAGCCAAAGAAAAAGGUCUCACGGUGUUAAUGGACAGCAGACGCUCUCCACCCUCCGCUCUCUGCCUCUCUGCACUUAAAUUGUUCCAGGUGCUGGUUCCUGGCAGUCUUGGAUCUGUUCUGGUUUUGGUGGAGGAGCAACAGGAGCCCCCUUCUCAUAAUCUGGAAGGAGCAGAGGUCCACAUGGUGCGAGGAACAGUGGUCCUUCAGCAGUAUGUAGACAAGCAACAGCUGCCCAAAGAGAUGGAUGGAGACUUCACCCACUGUCAUUCAGACUGGCUGGCUUUUAGACUGAGCCUCGAGAGUCUGACAGAGCGUUGUGAGAGUGCUCUCUCACUCCUAGGAGACACACUGCAGUCAAUGGACACUGAGCCAAUGCCAGACAACAUCAAGGCUGUUCCUCUGAGCAUUGAUAGACACAGACAGCUCAUGGCGAGCGUCCUGGCCGACCAACGCUUAACUGAGCUGCAGCAAAGGGGUGGGGCCUGGCUGGCAGGGUUAACCAAUAGCACGACUGGACUGGCACAGAAGUCGCCGGACUGCAGGGCUGCUCUCACUGCGACCUCUAAACUCUACGACAGUGUGGACGACGCCCUCCACCGGCUCGUCCGGGUGUCCAAUCAGAGAGGUCGCGACCUGGAGGCACUUGGACGACUAGCUAGGCUUGUGGACAAACUGGAAAAGUGCGAUAAGGAGAUUGAGCAAGUCCAGUCACAGCUGGAUGACUACAAGGAACCCCCUCUCUCUCUCAGCAGACUCUCACUCAAACAACAGAAGUUCAAGACGUUCAGAGAAACGGCUAAUGAGCUGCACAGUGAGACUCUGUCAGUGCUCAGCGAUUUGGAGGGUUGGUGCGAGCUGGACUGGACAGGCCUGAACGAUGUCCAGAUCCGACUUCCUCCAGUCAGGGAGAAGCUGAGGGACAUGUCUCACUGUCUGUCUGACUGCUGGACCACCCUGGACAACACACAGAGGCUGCUGUCCACACUGACUGAGGCCACCCAGUGGUGCGAUGCAGUGUCCUCCACCUCCUCCUCCCCCUCUUCCUCUUCUUCCACCUGCCCCCUUGCCUCCCUCCCUCCCAUUCCCCCGUCCCGUUUCCAGGAUGCACGGUCGUUAGCAAUGGAGCUGGGCGGCGGGGCGCUCCUGGAUCUCUGGACCCAGACGGUAGAGCGCUACCAGCGGACCGUAGCACAAGUGAAACCCAGGUUCCUCCAGACGGAACGGGCCCAGAAUCAAGGCCAGGGGAAGCCCAAGACGCCGUCUGCCAGCAGCCUGUGGGACCUGAUGGGCCCAGAGGGAGAGGGAGACUGGGGGCUGGGAGCUGGAGGAGGAGAAGGGGGUCUGCAGUCUUGGGGAUCCUUGGCAUCACUGUUCAGACCUCAGACCUGCUCCACACUGAAGAUAGGAGAGGACAAAGGGAAUAAGAAAGAAGGAGCAGGGGGAGGAGCAGGGGGAGCCGGAGGAGGGAAGUUCCUGCAGAACCUUCUGAAUCCAGCAAAGAAGAGCUCCCCAGAUGCGCCGCUCCCUCCCAAGCCGCCCAGGAAGCGACACCCAAGUUUCGACCUCCAGGCUCUCCUGGCCCCCCGCAGAGGCACAGCCAGCCCCAAACCUGCGGAGUCCCCAGUGAGCGGGGUGAGCCGUAACUCCCCCAUGUCCUGGCUGGGGCGACGAGCGAUAGCUGACCCGGUCAUCACUACCAGCAUGGCUGCAGCCAUCCCUGGAUGGGGCACUGGAGGGAGCACUGGAGGGAGCACUGGAGGAGGAGGAGGAGGAGGGGUGUUGAUCCGAGGGGUUGAGGUCAGCAGCAAGGAGGUGGUGGACCACACGGGGUCACCACGGCAACACGUGCUGCUGGGCAGGACUGAGAGGGAAACAGGGCAAGACAGGGCGGGAUCCACUGCUCAGAGUAAGCUGUACCUGCUCUGGUGUAGGAUGCUGAGUUCUGAAAGGCAGUACGUGACUGUCCUGAAGGGGGUGGAGGAGACCUACCUCCCCUUACUGGAGCUCUCAGACACCCCGGCCUCCAUCAGGGGGAAGGCUGACACCCUCUUCCCCAUCUGGGCCAGCCUGAGCACCUUUCACUCGCAGUACCUCUUACCUGCCAUGGAGGGGGCUCUUUUGCAAAGUUUGUUGCAGCAGGACUGUUUCAGUAAAUAUCGGGAGCAGUUUCUGCAGUAUUCCCACUACAUCAGGACUAAACCAGAACUGGACUCUCCACUGGUAACACAGGCUGCUGACUUCUUUAAGUCCAAACUCCCUGCGGCAUCCCCCCUCUCCCCUCUAUCCUUCCCUCACUGCCUUCAGGCUCCCACUCAGAGACUGGAGCAGUACUGCGAGGCCCUGGAGGAGCUCGGGGGUAUCAACCCUGCCUCCGACUCCGCACUCUCCAUCCUGAGACACGCCCAGCGCCACGGCGAGGACCUCCGGGCCAGUGACCUCAUCGUCGGAUGUCCGAUCCCGGUGGCAGAGCGCGGCGAGCUGGUGAGGCAGGGCGAGCUGACGGUGUGCGGGGGAGCUCGGAGGAAGCGGGCGGGCGUGAGGAACGUUUUCCUCUACCAGCAUGUCGUCGUCUUCACCAAACAGAAGAGCACCGGCCCGGGACGCACCGCCUACAGCUACAAACACAGCAUCAAGACGGGUGAGAUGGGUCUGACUCAGAGUGUGGGCGAGGAGGGACUGAAGUUUGAAGUCUGGGUCCGACAGGCUUCUAGGACCAGAGACUUCAUCACACUGCAAGCUCAGGACAGGGAAUCCAGGAAGACCUGGGCUCAAGACAUUGCCCAUCUGCUAUGGACACACGCCAUCAACAACACAGAGUUGUGUCUGAAGGAGUCACUCUGUAUGGGAGUUUCCAGUAAGCUGCUGCUAGAUGCAACAGGAACUCAAGCGUCAGAGCUGGACUCCAUCUGCAGUCUCAGUGACAGAGUCCACAGUAGCUGCUCAGACUCCUCCUCUGUCGGCAGUCAGAAGGAGGGGGGAUCCCCAGCGUCUGGGAGGGACCCCAAGAGAAACUCUGGAUCAACAAGUUACUCACAGAGUCAGUCUCCCUCUACAGCCGUGUAACUGUCAUCUCAAUAAGAAAACUGGACCGUGGAACAUCUCUAUUUCACCUCUGGGGGAGUCAAACUGGACUUAAAGGAGCAUGAGGAGACCCUCGGACUUUAUCUGAACUUCUCCUUCAUGUUUGCUCCGAUUUCCCUCUUCCUCUUGCCCUCUUCAUCUCCUUAAAACAACUAACAUGCCAGCAGAUCUGAUAUGAAUCCCCGGGAAAAAAAAAAUAAAAAAAGCUGCAUCCAAAAAGGAUCAACACUGCCCUGUUUAAACCAUGACAAGCACCAGCAGGGCUCUCUGCGCUCCGCCAUUUUGGAUCUGCCAGUCUCAGUUGCUGGCAGAGUCAUUGACACCAAAGGCACUUCAGCCACACAGUGCGGCCAUUGUCUGCCCCGCGGCUCCCCACUAGGCCAAACCACUUGGUCUGAACCACUGACUGCCUGGCUGGCUGACUGUACACAUCACAUGCCCCAGCAUCUGAUAAUAAACAGGAAGUAAUAUGCGGGGCGUAAAUCCACCGUAGGAUUGCAGAUUUAGAAUGUAUUGUGUACUUUGUCAUUUUCAUAACGCUGAAUGGAGUACUGUAGGCUUUUUUUUUCCCCACAGCCUGUGUAAAAAUGCGUGAUAUAGGCUAGGUGUGAUAGCAUCUAUGUAAAUGAAGCAGGGGUGGUGUGAGCAUGCACACACACACACACACACACACACACACAGACACACACACACAAACAUUCGCACACACAGUGUCGCUCAACACAUGCAGUCAUUCUUAUUGUUAUAAGACAGUGGAGCACUGUUCACAUUCACAUGCUCACACUCACACACACACACACACUGUGGCCAUUUUCGAGCCUGGUACAGUGGCUAAAUCAACGACAGGCAAGGUUACAUCUGAACACGUACAGUAAACAUUGCCUUGAUGAUGAAAAGGACGUCCAAUCAUAUCUGACUGCUAUACAUUCUGUUACUGUGUAUGUUUAAGCUAAUAGUAUUGUUUUUAAGGGCAAAUGGUAUUUAGUCUUCUUUAAAGUGUAACUUAUGUCAGCAACAUGAGCUUAUUGGUGCCUUAAAAUGUUCUUUGGUAUACUUGUAAGUACUGGUAAUGAAUUUAAUACUAUACCUUUUGAUAUAAGAUGCCAUAUUCUGUAUACCAAAUGUAUAAAAUGGGUGUCUGUGCAAUGUUGAUAUGUGUACAAAGAGGUAUUGUCUUAACAUUUAGUCUAAGCUUUCCUGAUUGAAAUGCUCUCUCCAUAAAAUGGAGAAAGGAGGUUCUGUUAAAAAUGCUUUAUUCUGGUUUUAUUGGUUUUGUGCUUGCAGCCAGGAGACAUGAACUACAUCUGAUCAUUCUUAAAGAGGUAACUUAAUCAAACCUGACUUUAAAGUGGUUUCCCCCAAAGAACCUAGACUUCCCUUAAUACUUAUUUUCAGCUUGUUUGGAUCAGAUUUUUUUUCAGCCAUGCUAGCGUUUGGUUCACCGCUUUGGUCUAGACUGAAAUAUCUCAACAGCUAUCAGGUGGAUUGCCAUGAAAUUUUGUACAGACAUUCGUGGUCUCUGGAGAUGAACCCUACUGACUUUUGUGACUUUUCCUCUAUCACCAGCGUGAGAUUGACAUUUGGAGGGGGGGUUUUUUGUGAAAUGUCAGCCAUCCAAAAACUAUUGGAUGGACUGUCAUGAAAUUUGGUUCAUAUGUUCAUGUCAAACUGAGCUGUAAUCACUUUGGUCAUUCCCUGACAUUCAUUUAGCAGUUUUUGUUUGUUGUACUUUGGUUUUGACCAAAUGCUAAACUGACAUUCCCAUCCUCAGCUGUACUUUUUGUUCAGUGCUAAUUAGCAAAUGUUAGCAUAUUAACACGCUAAACUAAGAUGGUGU